AGAAUGAUCUGAUGAGAAUGAGACACGAGCCUCACAAAACGGCCCACAAAGUCGAGCGAAGCAGAAUCUAUUGCGCUCAAAGCCCAGAAUCAGCAGGACGAGGAAAGCGUGGCGUCAGCAGAAGCCGAAAGCUCUUCAUUGUGAGAUCUUUGUGCAGCGGCUCUCGCGAGAUCGUGUGGCCCGUAUAUAUUGACCCGUCCAACUUUGGCUCUCACACUUUGGUGCGUGUGGCUGAGUUUGGACACAAUCCAGUGGAGAUGUCGCAGUAUUCUGGAAAGAUCGUGUUUUACGAGGGCCGCUGCUUCACCGGCCGCCGGCUGGAGGUCUACGGUGACUGUGAUAACUUCCAGGACCGCGGCUUCAUGAACCGAGUGAACUCCAUCCGCGUGGAGAGCGGCGCCUGGAACUGCUUCGAUCAUCCGGACUUCAAGGGCCAGCAGUUCAUCCUGGAGCGCGGAGAGUAUCCCGAGUUUCAGCGCUGGAACUCACACAACGAUCACAUGGGCUCCUGCAGACCAAUCAGGAUGGUGAGAACAUCUCGAACUCAUCUUAUCAUCUCUAACUCUAUGUCGUGA